AUGCCCUCGACGGCCGCGACACAAAUCGUCAGCCGCGACGGCUCCUCCACCCCGCCACUCACCACCGACGUCGACAUCCGAAGCCCUUUCCUGCUGUACGGCCCAUCGGGUCGCCUGCUGAGUCGCUACGAGCCCUCCGACCUCUGGGGGUUGCUCAUCUCUGAGCACACAACGCUGAACUGCACGUAUGCCCAGACGACAGUGCGGGUGGGCCGGGCUGGCGGGUGCGAUACCGUCUUGAGCGACCCACGGGUGAGCAGUACGCACUUCACCAUCUCGCUGGAGCUGGAACCUUAUGGAAACAGCGACCACAGAAACCACCGGCGUGGCAGCGGCGGUCAUGAGAUACCUUUGCUGGUGCGUCGCUCACCAGAAGGCAACCCCGUCCAUACUCGAGGCAUGCGCACAAGCGCGAACGACGCUAGCACCUCUGGCGCGGACGUCCCGGAAAACGCCGCCUCCGGUAGUUUGGCAUCGUCGUCGUCCCUGUUCAGUCCCGCAACUGCCGAAAAGGGCUUGAGCAAGGAUGGCCCGUCCAAUGCAAGAGCCUUUUCAGGGACGACGCUGCCGGGUUGGCGAGUGUGUCGUGUAUCGCUCACCGACUGCAGCGCGAACGGCACCUACGUCAAUGACGUGCUCGUCGGCCGCGGGAAGUGCUGUGAUCUGCACUACGGCGAUGACAUCAGUAUUGUGCGGGUGCCGGAAAAGAAACGUCCGCGUCGCGGCUCCACCACACCGACAGACCUGUCCAGCGAAGAGGACGAAACACAACAAGAGUCGGAGAAUGAAGUUGCGUGCUUUACCCAGGGCGAACGUGGUGCGAAGCUGCGGUGCGGGACCGCGGCAGCGUCAUCGUCCUCCGCCCAGCACGUCGCUCCAUCGUCGUCGCGGGACGCGCUCGCCGGCGGUGGCGCUGCACGCAUGGGAACUGAGGCGAACGAAGAAGGCAGCUCGCCAAGCAGCGAAGACCUCCACGUAACGCAGAUGUUCACGGCGCUCCUCUCCACGCUCUCGACGGAGCACACGUAUGUGGAGCGCUUUUGCUUCCACCUUUACCAUGCCGAGGAGGUGGGGCGAGGCGGCGUGCCCAUCAUCGAGCCCGAAAAGGUUCUCGCCUCUCAGAGGGCGGCGGCGGCAGGGGAAGGGAAAGCAGAAGAGGAAAGACAGGGGGAGUACAAGGGGGAGCAGGGCAAGUAUGACGAUGUGCUGCAGUUGCCGAAACCCGAGCUGAAGCACAACUUGUCGCAACACAAGUCGGUGCGCUUCCCUGAUGAUCCGGUUACGGCUUCCGACCCACCACCCCAAAAUGCCGACGGCGACGCCGUGGACUCACCGCCAGUUCCGCUCUCUGCACUUCAGCAUCGUGGCCGACGCGCCUCCCCGUCCACGUCUCCGAUCCCUCCUUCUGCCCUGGUGCCGAGUUUCACCGCUGUCAGCGCUGCCUUCGCUCCGCAGAGCAGCGCGCUCUCGCGCGCCUCCAGCGCGAGCUCGUUGAGGACACUCUCUACGGUAGUUACCCCGCACUCCCUUCUCCGGCCACGUCCGUCCAUCCGGGGGAGCUUCAUCGCCCCGAUCAACCUUCCCGACCCCGAGGAAUCGACGGCGCCGUCGAACGGAUCCAUGCAGGGUUCCGUCAUGGUAUCCACCCCGGCAAUUCGCUUUCACGAAAGCAUCGGCAUCAGCCCUGCGCUGCAGCGUAAGGCGGCUGCGCAGCGCGCGCUUGCCGCACGCCGCGGGAGCAGCGCCGCAAGCAACCAGGCUAACGCCGGCUUCGGCACCGUUGGGGCGAUUAUGAAGGACAUGCCAGCGGAUAUUCCCAUUCGCUAUGCGGUGCUGCCACUGCGCCACCUGCAGUGGGGUGGCCGCAUCGGCUUCGGCGCGAGCGGGGAUGUAUUCAUGGGUAUCGACGUCUCGACCGCCACGGUGGUCGCCAUCAAAGUGCUGAAAGGCAGCUCGCUUUUUCAGUCCUCCCAGUCGGCCGACACGGUGAUGGCUAAAGCGCACAGCAAAACCACCUCGGGAAAGUCAGCAGUACCGUUGGUGCAGGACGACGGUACUAUCCUCAACUUGUCAAACAUCAGCCUGGGGCACGGCACAGUCGCGGACCCCCGCGCAGCGUCGGAAGGCUCGAUCGGUGCUCCUCACUCCUCGGCCUCCGGCAUGAUGGCGCCGUCGCACUGUGCCGCCUCACUGCAGGUUGACUACGCGAACGAGGAGUCGAUACAAGCUAGCGAGGCGUCCGCAGCGACCUCGUCAUUAGCCUCCGCGCACGGGAACACCUCCACAGCGCUGGCUAGCACGUCGUCUACCUCUCAUUGCCACACGCAGGUUCAGCAGCAGCAGUCACCUCGGCUACAGCCGCAAAACGAGCACUCCGCCUCCCCACUUCUCCGCAAGCACUUGCGGGAGAUUAUCUUUCUGACGACGCUGCAGCACCACCGCAUCGUGCGCUUCCUCGGCUUCCAGUUCAGCGGCGAGGGUCGUCUGUGUCUUCUUAUGGAGUACGUGGCGGGUGGGACCUUGCAGACACUGGUCAAGAACUUCGGUGUGUUUGAGGAGAACGUGAUUCGCCUAUACACGCUGCAGAUUCUAGAGGGCUUGGAGUACCUGAAGCGCAAGGGUGUUGUACAUGGUGACUUGAAGAGCGCGAACAUCCUCGUGUCGGAGCAGGGUAGCGUGAAGCUGACAGACUUUGGCACCAGUCGCUUCUUACGCGCGUGUGCAGCAGAGGAAAAGGGAGCCGGGGAAGCGGCUGGGGCAGACGAUGAGCGGGCGGGGACUGACGUGCGUCGCGCUCGUCGCCGGGACGAGUCUGGCGAAGUCCACCACGCACCUGCAGAUCAGGCGCGCGAGCGCUAUCAUCACGGCAACUCCCCUGGCGCCGAUACCGCGGUGGAAGAAGAUGGCAGAGGGGAGGGCAUCAGCGUCGGCAACUCAGAAGGGUGCGGAGACUGGUGUCGCGGCACCAGCGACGAGGACAACUUCGAGGAGGACGAGGAGGGAGAGGACCCCAGCGAGGACGACGGCCCAGAGCGUCGCUUGCUCUGCGGCACGCCUCUCUACAUGAGCCCCGAGCUCAUCCGUACGCAAGAGCCGACCUUCGCCUCCGACAUGUGGGCCCUAGGAUGUGUGGUGUACGAGAUGGCAACCGGUGGCGUUUUACCGUGGCGGCCGGUGCACAACCUGAGUGCGCCGGCGGUUAUUUGGUACAUUGGGCAGCGGGGCGAAGAGGGCGACGGACCCUCGAUGGAUGACGUCUACACGGAGCGAGACCACCUGAACCGCUCGAGAACCGAACCGUCGCUUCAUGAGGCAGUGGAGGACUCGUAUGACGAAGAGGGCGGAGGGCGCCGCAGCCACAGCCGCAGCGUGGGCCACUGGGAUCGCACUCCAUCUCCUUUGCUGUUGGACCUCCUGCAGUCUACGUUGAACGUGAGCCCAGCACUCCGCCCCACCCCAGCAGAGCUGCUUCAGCAUCCCUUUAUCCGCAAUGAAGCCUCUAAUGCGGCGCUCGAGCGCUGGCACGCCUUGGUGGCAGCGAACCGUCGCCCCGAACUGAAGCAGCGCGGCGAGGAAGGCAAGGAAUUGGUGUCACAUCGCAAGCUGAAGGCUGAGCCUGUCGCGGAUACCAAGAGUACGCUGAGGUCGGUGUGUGGCAGCGCAGGCAGCGCUUCAAGAGACGCCUCACUGCACGCUCGCGCCUCGCUCUCCCCCACACGCACGUCACCCUCGCCACAAGCGAUUCACGUGGAGGAGCUGGACGACAACACCCCGGCCAAGCCAGGCGGCGAGAAUCCGCUGGACAUGGCAUCGAGGCAGCAGCAUCCUUCGCUGCACCCCCCGCCUCCGCUAGAAGAGCCAAUGACAUCACCGUCGAUGAACCUCUUGGGCGACCCCUGGGAAGAUGCGGAGCCGUCUUCCGCGCUGCCGCUUCCGCCACCGGCCAGCCAGCCGAAGGCGCAUUCAGUGCAGGCCCCCUCGGUGCUUGGUGCAGGCAACCCCGACUCGCAGCCGCUCAUCUAUGAGCCCCCGCGGCGGCCAGACAUGCGUGGUCGUCGCAUAGACGUGUCGCAGCCGGUAAAAGGUCAAGCCGCUGCAGCCCCGGAACGCUUGCCCAGCGCGUCGUACGGUGCGGCGUCCCUGCCGUGGUGGGCCCCGCAGUGCUUCUCGGCACCGACCAAGCUGCCCGUUUCUCGCUCUCGCGCCUCUGCCGCUGCUCUUGUGGGUAUGCAACAGGCUGAACAGCAGGUGCCGUACACCAUGCCAGUGACGCAGCAAAGCGCGAACAAGUCGUACCUGCGUCAGCAUCAGCUAUUCCUCAAGCAAAACGAGCUCGAGCGUCGUCGACUCUCUUUUUUAGUGCCGCAAGGCGGACGGCAAAUGCGCGGUCGCCACCGCACCGAAGGGCCGUCGAUACUACAGCAGCAGCUGCCCGUGUCCAUGGCUUCUGCUCCGGCGGCGGCUGGGAUAAUGCCCAUGUACCCGCCUAGCUAUCAGUACGCGAUGCAGCAGCCCGUGCUGGAAUACACGCCCGGCUACAGCGACUACAAUCCACAGGUGAACACGCAGACGGUGAAAAUGCGCCUGCCGCCGGACUUCACAAGUCAGUCGCUCUCCGUCCCACAACAGCAGGGCAGACGACAGAGCGGCAGCAGCGGCAGCAACAGGGUGAUGGCAGGUGUGCAGCUGCAGAGCGUCGCCUCCAGUCAGCAGUCACUCUCGCAGCAGCAGCUGCGAGGAAACAAGCCGAAGCACAGCAGCCGGAGAGAGCGCUCGCGGAACGCGCCGACUACCGCGGCGGCGCCCAACGUCUCGCCUUCGCUGCACCCCCAUACCCGCAGCCCCGUCAUAUCAAUGAAUCCCAGCCAUGUCAGGGGCCCUGCAGCGGCUGCCUCCACACACGCGAAUAGUGGCCCUGUACUCUCACACACGCCACAUCAAUUUGCGCCGCAGCAGCAACUCUCCAUGCAGCCACCGCGCCCCGUUAUAGGGGGCUUGACGAUGGAGAUGGACAAUCUUACGUCAUCUUCCCCACUAUUGUCGAGCUUUGUGGCGUCGAUGGCACCCCUACCAGUGCAGGACCACAGAUACGUACUCGGCUACCGCAGUGCACCCAUCCCGGUGGAUCAGCCGGCCUCAAAAUCGCAACAAGCCCACUGCCAAGGACCCGUUUUCCCCCUUCCUUCGCAUCCGCGCCACCGCCACACCGCACACGCACAGUCGGCCACGACAAGCAGCUUCGUCCCCGGCAGUGGAGACGGCGGCGGUGCCGUCCAGCAGGCUUCGCCAGCCAAUGCCGCUGAGGAGGAGGGGGCUGGAAACAGCGCUGCCCAACGGAACGUUCGCCGUGGGAGGCAAGGUCGCCGGAGCGCUUUGUCCUCUUCCAGUCUACUUUUCCAUCAGAACCGCCUCCGAAACCCACGGCGUGCUUCUCCGCUACUGAGGCAGCAGCUACAGCAGAUGACCUUGGCACGUACUCACACGUGUGUGGUAGAGCACAGCGACAAACAGGAGCAGCAGCAAAUACUACCUUUGAGCGAAGAAACCCCAGCUUCACAGCAGCAGGAAGAGCCAUGCAGCACGAAGCGACUGUGCGCGGCAAAGUUGAGCGCGCGGGGCUCGUCUACCCCCACAGCGGGACAGAAGCGGCGCAUUCGCACAUCGCUCCGUGUGUCCACCAGAGAGGCGGGCCGGCGUCAGCAACAGCGGCGUUCGCAGAAGCAGCGAGAUCAGUCUCCGGAGGCGAACGGAAAGUAG